AUACGGAGAUUAUGCUCCGCCACCGGAGUGUUACAUAGGGCGUUGAUCGUUUCAAGAUGGGAGCUCACUGGGAAGAACGCCCCGCCACUCCCAAGCUCCAGUCAGGCCGUAGCGCCUUGCCACCUUCCUAACCGCGCCCCCCGCCAUCGGCUCAUUAAAUGUCUGGAAGCUCUACCGGGACAGCUUCUGCUGUCCCUAUCAUCCCUUCCACCUUCCAACCCACCGGCAUGUCUUCAACGGCAACUUCCACCUCGUCUUCGCCCACCUCCACCUCGACGGACACCAGCAGUGACAACUCCCUCAUCGACCCGAGCUCCCUCCUCUUCGGCUUCCUCGUCACCGUCCUCUCCCUUUUCGGCGUCUUCAUGAUCACGGGCCUCGUGUGGCAUCGCCUUGCCAUGCGUCGUCGCGCCCUCGACGCGGCCACCCGCGUUGGGCCAACAGGUCAGAGAGUCGUCCAGCUCGUCAAACCCGUCCUGUGGGAUUCGUGGGUGGCCAACGCAGACGGUUGUGCCAAGUGGGCCGAUGCCAAGCCCCUCGCAGCGCAGACCCUCGAGCUCUCCCCCGAAAAGUUCGCACUGCCGCCCCCCGACCCGCGCUCUGCCGCCUUCCGCAGGUGGCUCAUCCGCAAAACCCCGCCCGAGGUGUACUACCUCUUCCACCCGCCACGGGCGCCCACCAUUGUCACACCCACCUCUAUCAAUGCAUCUCAAGUCGAUCUUCCGCCAGCGGGAGCACACGUCCAGGUCUCCAUGCUCAUAGCGAUGCCCCGACCACCCGAGGACCGGUACAGCGGCGCAGGCGCCGACACGGAUGACGAGGAGAGGCCCCUGCCCGAGAUGGUCGUCGGCACGACGCAGCUAUCCUACUACAGCACGUCGAGCACGCUGUCGCUGAGUCAUCAUCAGGGCCCAUAGCAUUUGUUCGUUGUAUGUUUUCUUCCAUCCUUUUUUCUUGUAUGGUUAUGAUUUUGGUUGCAGUACGUUAUCUCUUUUGCAUUGCUGUCCGUUGUAUUAUUGUACACUACGCAUAGAUCAGCUGGGACUCGUGGUUCAACGUUCUAAUGAGACAGGUCCGUUUCACAUCUGAGGCUGUGCGACAAGGUGGCUGCU